ACUUCUGACCAGUGUUGGGAAGAUUACUUUGGAAACAUAGUUGUUUACUGUUCAAAGUUACCGUACUGAAAAAUAUAAUACUGUAGUUGUUAUUACAAUUACUUCUGCAAAGUAAUAUGUUACAUUUGAUUACAUUUUCACAACUUUUCUUAAUUUUGAAUGAAUGCUCGACAGCUACUACCCAUUUUCAUAUUUUAAGACCUGAUAGUGUUAAAAUUAUGGCUGGAUAUGUUAGUGCGUUAUCUCGUUAACUUGUAAAUUUAUUAACGCCCAGAAUAAUUUUAUUGCGCGUUAAUUUAGUAUUUUUUCUUUUAUUAUGGUAAGUCAGUUGCUUCCGGCUGCGGCGGUCUCUGGAAGUGGAAAAGCAGAAGUAGUGGCGGAUAAACAAACUGUCAUGAUACAAUGGUAUCAGUUUUAACUGGACCCAGAAGCAAGCGGAGGCUGAAGAAGUUUGUGGAGAAUGGUUUAAAGGAAAGGAAUUUGGAGUUGGACCUUUGAGGCAUAAUCAAGUGGCGUGGUUGAAGAGCCCAGCAAGGGGAGCACAUGGGUGAAUGUGAAUACUCUGGCAAAGGAGUACUGGAUCGGGCAGGUGAUGGUGCUGAUUACUGGGAAUGGGGGAGGGGCGCAACCCAAGCUCCAAUAAAGGAACUACAGGGCAGUGCUCAUGACAAACAUGGAGAUGGGUAUGCAACUUUGACAUGGUCCUUUUGUCGGCCUGAGAAACGUUCUUAGAAUCGACGGCGGGUAUGACAUUCCCUAAAGAUGCACUAUCACAAGAAUGCAUGAGUUGUAUGAAAAAGAGAGGACUGCAAAAGAGACAUCUUUACAACGUGCUCUCACUACUGCGGAUGACUGCAUUCACAUGCACUGGCUGUAAUGAAAACACAAGAGAGACAUUAUGCUGAAACGCGCAAGGGACACUAUUCAACUUCCCCAUGAAUGUGUCACAUAAAGUCACCACACUCUAGCACAGACAAUGCAAGAACAUACAGUAAGUAAUAGCCGCUGCGAGAUAUUGCCUUUUGGACGUCACAGUCCACAGCGUUCUGUCACAGUAUUACUGCAUAUAACGGUGCGUUUGAAAGUCCCGGCCAAGUGCACAAAAGUUUGGGCGCUUUAAACACAGUCCAGCACGUGUUGCAGAAUUAGAGCAACAUCUCGAACAUGGACAAAAGAAGGAGUCGCUUAUGCAACACAUUCCUACCAGAUGGAAUUUAACCCUGCGCAUGUUUAAAAAAAAAAAAACAAAAAAAAAACUGCAGAGUUUGGAAACGCUACUGGAGCCUUGCAGAUAUGUUUUACAUUAUAUUUCUCACUAUCCUGUGUGAGCACUAGUGCAUGUAAGUGAACAAAAGUGUACACUGUACAGUAUUUAUGUGUAUGCAGUGUGAAUAUGUAAACUUUGUGUGUGUGUGUACAUGGUUCCUACAUUUUAAGGUGAAAUCUAGGCCUUACUGCAUAAGGGUCAUUUUAAAAUAUUUCCAGCACCUUAUCAUUGAAAAAAUGUACAAUUCUUAUUAACAGGAAUCCACUUUUACAUUUAAAUUUGACGUGGGGAGAAUGUUGAAUCAGGUACAAAUCUUGUUUCGUUUGUUUUUGUUUUUUAAUGCAAAAGUUAUGGGCAGGAUGAACACCUAAUGUCAAUCCUGUUCCACUGUGUAGGUUUUAUUUUGGAAAUGGUAUUUUAUUGUGUGAAGUCCCACACAUGACAGUACAGUAUUUUGAAAGUUGUACAUUAGUGUAUACUGUACAUGGAAGUUGUUUGUGGGUUUUGCAUACAACAUUGUGAGUUUUUGAAUUUUCUAUGAGUCUGUAUUUUUUUUAAAUCACCUAAGAAAACUCAGAAUUAAUGGUGGAGAAAUUGUUGUGUGCGUGGUGUCCUUUUGCCCAUUUCGAGUACACCACAUACGCGAAGAGCAGAAGGCAACACAUGGCACCUUGUUACUUAUCAUGUGUGGAGUCACGCACGUUUUAAAGAUCAGUUCAUGUUUAAAAUUGGCAAAAUUGGCUUUAUUUCUGUAUUUCUUUUUGUGUAGCUAUUUUGUUUAAAGUUCUCACAACAGCUUGCUUAAAGGUGCAUGUUUGUGAUUUCCCCGGGAGUUGAGUAAUAAUUAGGAUAUACACAACCAUACUCAUCCAAUUCAUUAGUGGAGUAAUGUAUUCUCUUGCCGUGUCUCGCUUCUUACAAAUUUAACAAUUGAAAGGUGAUAUUUUAUUUGCUAAACACAACUUCUGGAUGGCACAGAAGAUAAAUGAGUAGCAAUGAUCAUCUGUUAAGUUUUGAUAAAAUAUCAACUUUUUUUAAAAACUAAUUUUACGGGGGAAGGAAGAGCAGUAAACCUUGCUGAACACACAACAUUGGAAUCAAGCAACUAAAAAUGAAGGUCCUCCAAAACGAUGAACAAAUGACUGCUGAGACUCUUCUGCUGAAACACUUACCCAAGAGUUUUCAGGUCUAUGGAUACUUAUAUGCUUAUAACAGAAACAAACCAAGUAGCAUACAGCUUGUUGUUGAUACAUGGCCUGAUUUUAAGGUCAUCAUUUGUCACCCUGACCCACAAGGGAGUUUGUAUGCCAUUCAAAUUUUGGUAGCUUUUUUUUAUUCAGUCCUUCUUAACAUUUUUUUUCAUUUCACAGAACAAAGAAAACCGUCUUCAGUGAGCUUAAAUCAAAGAUUUCCUCUCAAUCUUUCCCACGCUCACCUGGUGAAUCAAACCUGGAAGUUUGGAUGGGUUGAAACAGGCUUCAAGUAAGUUGUAAGACAGAUCAGCCACUUCCUUUCAUACUGCAUCACUGAUGGUCAGGGUCAGCCUUUAUCAUGGCUGCUUUUACAUGACGACCUGGCAAUGGGCAUGUUAUAUACUCUGUCUGAGCACAAACAGAAAGGUUAUGCCACAGUCCUGCUCUACACCAUGGCCCAGAGACUCCUCGCUGAGGGCUACCCGGUGUUCUGGUACGUAGAAGAAGACAACAUGGUCCCAUAUAAGCUGGUUAAAAGCCUUGGCUUUAUUGAGGAUCCCUCUUACAGAGAGACAUGGGUUCCAUUCAACACCUGAUUUGGAGUAGCAGCUUACAGGUUAUCAGAUAAACAAAACUUAUAACACAUCUGAGUAAAUCAUUUGCC